GGAAUGAAUGCGAAAAAGGAUAUCAAAAAAUACAGAGCGCAGCAACAAUUUUCCAAAUUCCAUUCCAACCACUCGCAAAUUAUUCUCACUGCCUUUUGAAUAAUCAUCUGAAAGAAGUGCAAAUCCACUGUCUACUACUGCCGUGCCAAGUGAAAAUCCCAGAAUAACAAACGGAAAACAAUGGUGUUUGCCAAAUCGUGGGAGGACUUCGAGAUCGCUGCCGAAAACAUGUACAUAGGAAAUCCGUGCAGCUGCCGGUUCACGAUGAAGUACACCCACAACCGCAACACCGUGGUGCUGAAGCUGACCGACAACACCAAGUGCGUGCAGUUCAAAACCGAAGUCCUGUCCGAUCUGAAGAGAAUAGAAAAGUUCACCGGCAAUCUGAUGUGGCUGAUGGCAUCCAAGGAGUGAAUGAGUGAACGGUACCUAGUAGCGUGGUUCGACGGCGACGUGGACGAAUUAUUACUAUUAUUAUUAUUAUUAUUUUUGCGAAAUGUGCGUGCGUAAUGAUGAGGAGGGUGCAAGAUACCUAAGCGAAUUCCAAACAAUAAAUUCAGUUUACGAUUUUGUGUAAAUG